GAAUUUUUUGUCAUUUCAAUUCAACCCUCCGCCCUUUAAAACUAACCCAUUUCUCUUGCUUUUUUAUCGUCUAAACAUAACCCAUUCCUCGCCUUCAAUUCAAUCAUAAUAAUCUCCACAAAUCUGUUCCAGCAAAUCGAUCUUUUCCAGAUCCAUGGCGGAAGAGCACGGAUUUCAAGCAUCGGAGGGGCACCGUUUAUGCGCCAAUAAUUGUGGGUUCUCCGGUAGCUCCGCCACCCAGAAUUACUGCCCCAAAUGUUAUCGAGACAUCUUCCUUAAACAGCACGACCAAACGAAACCCACAAAUUCGGCCGAUUCAAUACUGCCGGCUCAGGUUUCUCAACCAGCCAUCUCUUCAUCUCCGGCAGGACCCCCGAGGAAGAUAGCGGCGCCGGCGGCGGAGGUGCAGCUUCCCGCGAACAGGUGUUCGACGUGCCGGAAAAAGGUCGGGCUUACUGGGUUUAGGUGUAGGUGUGGGGUCACCUUCUGUGGGAGCCACCGGUACCCGGAGAUGCACGGCUGCACCUUCGAUUUCAAGGCUGCCGGAAGAGAAGCCAUCGCCAAGGCCAAUCCUCUGAUCAAAGCGCAGAAGGUGGAGAAGAUAUGAUCUCAGGCUCUAUCAGCCGUUGAUGGCUACCAGUUUCUCGAAAUGCACGGCCAUGAUUGAAUAUGACUGGGUCAAAAGUCGAAACCGCCAUGGAAAAAGUAAAGAAGAAGAAAGAAAAAGAGUCGUGUAAUGACACGUCAAGACGCGUGGCGGUCUAAAUUUAUUUCCACUCUCGUUUCAUUUGAUUAUUUUUGUUUCAUUUUUUAUUUUUCUCUAUGCUGCUCCGUAAGAUUUUACCACUGGUAUGUAAAAAAGCACAAAACGAAAUUGCAAAAACCGGAAAAGUUCAUACAUACCUAAAGGAUGUUUUUACUUGCUGUAAUUUCUAUGUAAUGUUUUUAGUUUAAGUUUAGUCUGGUCUGGUUUGGUGUAAUCUCUGUGUAUUUUAUAACUACGUAAAUCAAGUCUGGUUUGUUUAAUUCUGGUCUGGUCUGUUUAAGUUUGAUUUGGUCUGGUCUGAUCUGGUCCUAUUUGAACCUCUUUAGGUUGUGAGUUCUUGUAACAUCACGAUUAUCAUUAAUGAUAUUUUUUAACAUCAAAUAUCCAUAAAAA